AGCCUGUCAAGAGUUACCUGGGCGUUGAUCAGCUCGUACUCUUGAAUUAACGGCACAGCCGCUUGGGUCGAGGUCACAUCUCCACUCCGUGGCCCGGGCUGUAGUUUUGGGUGGGUGGGAUUCCCAUGAGGGAUCUGGAAGUCCCCACGUGACCCUAAGCAGCUCUGCUCCCUCUACUGGGGGCUCUGGGCUAGCUCAGUGGGGGAGGGGAGGGAGGAUGUGGGAGAUGAGCUAUCUCUGACCCGCCCGCCAAUCCCAGGCGCGGGCUGGAUGUUCAAACAAGGUUGUAACAAUAGUGCUUGGCAGGGCAGCCAGGAUUAAAAUAGCAGAUUGUAAAGCACCUGGUGCCAGCGGCUUCUCCGGCACCUUUAGCCCUCUGCUGUCUCGGCCUUCCGAGCGCUGCCUCCAGAUCCAGCGGGCAUGGCGUGGGGGGCAAGUUAGCCUAGUGAGUGAGAACUAACUAUAUGCCACAGUUUGGUAGCACCAGGAGUCAGGACUCCUGGGUUCUCUCCCUGGCUCGGGGAGGGGAGUGGGGUCUAGUGGUUAGAGCAGGGCAACUGGGAGCCAGGACUCCUGGGUUUAUUCUCUUGAUCUAAGGUACUUCUGAGGGCCCAUCACUGUAGCAUCUGAGCACCUCAGUCAAUGCAUUUAUCCUUACAGCUUGCCUGUGAGGCAGGGUUAUCAUCCCCAGUGUACGAAUGGGGAAUCUGAGGCACAAGGCGACAUCUCCAGGGUCUCAUGGCAAGUCCGUGGCAGAGCCAGGACUAGAACCCAGGUCUCCUGAUUCCCAGGCCAGGGUCUGAUCCACUGGUUGGCACUGCCUCUGUCCUCUUAUCUGACCCAGCAGAGCAAGGCACUGAUACCGGGCAGGGCAUUGGGGGUUUCCUCUGCUUCAUGUUGGGGGCAGCGCUACAGAAGCUCCUAGGUGGAGCAUCAGCAGUUAGCAAACCCAUGCUGGGUCUGGAAACUGUCAGGAGGGAGUAGGAGGGGCCCUAUGGGGGUGUUGCUUUCUUUGCUAGCUGCUGCCUGUUAAAGGGGACAGACCUUCUGUGUCUUAAUUACACCACAGCUGCCCAUCCAGCUGCAAUCUGGAGUAACUGUUGACUGGCUGGAGGUCAGGAGACUCCUCAUAGAUCACUGCCCAGUCGCAACCAAAUCUCCCUCUGCAGGUUCCCGCCCGCCUCUUUGUCUCAGACAUCCAGGCUUCGGUUAAUUUCACACUAGAUCAGCAGCCCUGGUGCUCCGAGCUGAGAACCCCAACAGGGCUGCUAUCCCUGCGCUGUCUGCCCUGGAGGGACCCUGCCAGUGGCUGGGACCAGGGACCCCUGGUGCCAGACCCUGCUCCCUCCUCAUCUGAGGCUGCUACUGGACUGGCACUAGAAAUCGGGGCAAUUCGCACUAGGACCCGGGCCAGCAGCCGCUGCAUGAAACCAGUUUGCAUCUCAAAGUGCCCUGGAGUUAGAAUAAAUUGCUCUGCCGACCUGGAGCCUGAUUCCCACCUAGGAUCCGCGUAGCAAAGAUGUGCAGCCCCCUCACUCCCCCGACGAGCUGACCCUCCUGGUCUGUGCUCUGUUUCUCCGCUGCAGCCAGGUGGAGCUGUGGUGGUGGUGGUGGGGAAGCUCACAGGACUCUAGCGGAGAGGAGGGGUUUUAACCAUCUGAAACAGAGCUGGCUCCUCUCUGACCUUGGGUAAUUGAGACUCUGCUUCUUGGUGUUAACCGCUUGCUGCCUGCGAUGGCCUCUUUCCUCGCCCACAGGUGGCAAAGCACGCUGGUCUGUUGCCUUGGUGGUGAAUAUUCAAGCCAGCGGGAAGCUGGAUGCUCCGUGGGGGGUUGAGGAGGAAGUUGGGUUUCCCAACCGUCAUGCCUGGGAGCUCUCCUAGGAACUGCAGCGUGCCGCAGGGGUUGGGGGCUGACGCUUAUGUCCCAGCGUGCAGCUCGGGGGUGCUGAGUUGCAGGGGGUCACUGCGCCUCGCAAGCAGUGCUGCACUAGGGGGCGCUGUGCUCCAGGCUGGGAGCUCGGUAGGCGGCACUCACGCCAGUGCUCCAGUGCGGCACCAGAGGGCGCUGUGCUGCAGGGAGCAGCGUGGGGGCUGCUCUCUCCCCUCCAUCAGUGCUGAGCCCAAUGCCCCAACUUGGUGCCAGGGGGCGCUGUGCUGCAGGGUGGUGCUCUCCCCUCUCAAUAUGGACUCCGGUGCUGGGGGCUGAUGCGAUGCCAAUGGUGCUGUGACCCAGGCUAUCCACAGGCUACGCCCAGGGUCGGCUCCGGCUCCAGCCCCAGCUUGCCUGUCUCCAUUCUGCCUCCUUAACCCCUGCUCCUGCCAUUCCGGGGUCACCCGCUGGCAUGUUCCACCCCAGAGGUGGCUGCAGCUCAGCAUCCCUGCAUACAGCUUGUCUGUCACUAGCUUUGUGAUGGGCUGGGAGGCCAAAUGCUGUGUGAAUACAAAUGAUGGCUGCUUUGCUGCGUGUCACCGGGAGGGGGCGCUAGCCAGGAUCAGUGGAGCCAGUCUUGGGGACAGGGGAGAGGGGGAAGGCUCUCGUAUCUGGCUUCACUGUUUUCUGCAGGGCCCGUGUAACUGACUGCUGAGCAUGCGUGAGGGGUUCCCCGUCUGUGUCUGAUGUGCUGAGGAUCUGAAUCUUACCGGCCUAGCCGGGGCUCUUUAGCUCAAGCUGGAGCAGCCCCUGCUUUUAUCUCUCGAGGCCCCUGGUUCUGUCCCCCGUGCGCCAGGCAGCGCAGCAGCCAAUAGCAGAGGUUUUGCACUUGAGCUGGUGGCUGGGCUGGGCGGGUACAGAGAUGCCACAGAAUUAGGGUGUAGAUGACAUUGGGUCCUCGCAACAGCUGUGUAGGGACAUUGAGAGAGUUCCCUCAAGCCGUAGCCUGAGAGCCAGGACUCCUGGGUUCCAUUCCCAAUUCUGCGAGGGGCGUGCUGGCCCAGAUUCUAAGGCUAGAGAAAGUCACCCACCUGCAUCUGUAUUGGUCGUAGUGGUGAGAGGCUGGGAGGCAGGGCUCCUGCGUUCUGUCCCUGGCUCUGGGCGGCGAGUGUUGUCUAAUGGUUAGAGUAGGGCUGAAGGAAUCAGGACUUCUGGGUUCUGUUCCAGCUCAGGGAGAGCAGAAUCUAGUGGUCGGAGCAGGGGCAGUACAGGGUAUCUGUACUGAGGGACAGUACAGGAUUGUUCCGGUAUUAAGCAUUCAGAGGGAGGGAGCCUCCAGCCUUUCCCUUGCAGGCAAUGGCCCUUCUGGCUAUCCGAUCUCUGGCUGGUGGUGGAUGAAUUUCCCCUUACGCUAUUCCAGUCCCCCCCUUCCCUUGCCAGAGGCGUUGCUGCUGCUUCCCUUGUCUCAGAGCAGCAGAAAGCAGCUUCCCCUCCUUAGCCAGCCUGACACUGUCUCCCAGCGUGAUCUGCAGCCGAGGUACAGCUGGGCGAGGGAUUGAUCAAAGAGGGCGGGGCUCUCUCCUGCUUUUAGCUUUGGCCCCUCCCCUCAAGCUCAUGGAUCGGCUCCAGAGCUGUGUUUAUUGAGUGUGGCAUUAAAUCUGGCCACUGGGAAAUCGAUCAGGGCUGCUGCUGCAUCAGCUUUCCAGCCCUGGGGCAAAAGUUCUGUCCUUCAUCUGUUCCGAUAGCGGGCGGUGGGGGUGAGGCAGCGUGCUGGCAUCGGGAUCGGAAACUCCAGGAGCUCCGUGCAGGAUCCGGCUGUAGCCUGGCGCUCUCUGGAUGGGGGGAUCCGGGCGGCGUUUGCCAAGGAGGGAAAAGCAAACCCUAUAACAGGAACCCAGGAGUCGGGGGCAAGACUGACCUUGGGGCGGACGCUGCUGUAUCCAGGGGCAAUAGGUGCUAAGGGGCACAGACCCCCUGCGCCAAGGGAGCUUGAAGGCAGCUGUCACCAGAGGAUCCGGGCAGCGCGAUGGGGCCCUCCAGCCUGGCAUAAACCCGGCCCCUCCAAUGCAGCCGAGGGAGAGGUGGUGCUACAGACACGCCCUGGCCUGCACAUGGAGGCCUUGAAGAUGGGGACUGAGAACUUGAACUUGGUUUGAAAUGCAGAGGCUCGAAGUGAAGGAGUUCCUAGCCAAAGCCAAAGAAGACUUCAUCAAGAAAUGGGAGAACCCCUCUCAGAACACGGCCAGUUUGGAUCAGUUUGAUCGAAUCAAGACCCUGGGCACGGGCUCAUUUGGGAGGGUGAUGCUGGUGAAACACAAAGAGACCGGGAAUCACUAUGCCAUGAAGAUCCUGGAUAAACAGAAGGUAGUGAAGCUGAAACAAAUUGAGCACACCCUCAACGAGAAACGGAUCCUCCAGGCCGUCAACUUUCCAUUCCUCGUCAAGCUAGAGUAUUCUUUCAAAGAUAACUCCAAUCUGUACAUGGUGAUGGAAUACAUCCUGGGCGGGGAGAUGUUCUCCCACCUACGGCGGAUCGGGAGGUUCAGUGAACCUCACACCCGGUUCUACGCUGGUCAGAUUGUCCUGACCUUCGAGUAUCUGCACUCGCUGGAUCUCAUCUACCGAGACCUGAAGCCAGAGAAUCUCCUGAUAGACCAGCAGGGCUACAUCGAGGUGGCGGAUUUUGGUUUUGCCAAGCGGGUGAAAGGCCGAACCUGGACUCUGUGUGGGACCCCGGAAUACCUGGCCCCCGAGAUCAUCCUCAGCAAGGGUUAUAACAAGGCUGUGGACUGGUGGGCUCUGGGUGUCCUCAUCUACGAGAUGGCGGCUGGAUACCCCCCAUUCUUCGCGGACCAGCCCAUUCAGAUCUACGAGAAGAUUGUCUCUGGCAAGGUCCGGUUCCCUUCUCACUUCAGCUCGGACCUGAAGGACCUGCUCCGGAACCUGCUGCAGGUGGACCUCACCAAACGCUUUGGCAACCUCAAGAACGGGGUCAACGACAUCAAGAACCACAAGUGGUUUGCUACCACCGACUGGAUCGCCGUCUACCAGAGGAAGGUGGAAGCUCCCUUUGUACCAAAGUGCAAAGGCCCUGGCGACACGAGUAACUUCGACGACUACGAGGAAGAGGAGAUCCGGGUCUCCACCACUGAGAAGUGCGCCAAGGAGUUUGCUGAGUUCUAGAGCCAGCAGGGCGCCCCUCCCCCCACCCCGGCCCCCAGGAGGGCAUGCACGGAGCAGGUGGGGGCGGGGUUGGAUUUGAUCCCACGCCGCCCCGGGAAACACGUCUGUGUCCUCCGACAAAACUUGUGUCACUGCCCCCACUUCCUCUUUAACAGUGUGCUUUGUUGUAAACAUAUUUUAAACAAUUACCAAUAAAGUUUUGGGUUACUAUGUCUCAUUCUGACCUGAGAAACCUUUCAUUAAAGCCAAACUGUCCAUGAAAAGUUGUGUUGUCUUUAAAUCUGCAU